AUGGCCUACGUAUUAACCGAAACUGCUGCUGGUUAUGCCUUGUUGAAGGCCUCUGACAAGAAGAUUUAUAAGUCUGCCACUUUAAUUAAUGAUUUGAAAUCCUCUGAGAGUGUCUUAAAACAAUUUAAAAUAGCAGCUUUCUCAAAAUUCUCUUCUGCUGCCAACGCUUUAGAAGAGGCUAACGCUGUCAUUGAGGGUAAAGUUUCUUCUCAAUUACAAAAGCUGUUAGACGAAGCCAAGACUGAUAAGAAAGCUACGUUGGUUGUUUCAGAAACCAAACUUGGUAAUGCGAUCAACAAAUUGGGAUUGAACUUUAACGUCGUCUGUGAUGCUGUUACUUUAGAUAUAUAUCGUGCGGUUAAAGAGUAUUUGCCAGAAUUGCUACCAGGUUUGUCUGGUGAUGAUCUGUCGAAGAUGUCUUUGGGUUUGGCUCACUCCAUUGGUCGUCACAAGUUAAAGUUUUCUGCUGAUAAGGUUGAUGUGAUGAUCAUUCAAGCGAUUGCUUUGUUGGACGACUUAGACAAGGAAUUGAACACCUACGCUAUGAGAUGCAAAGAAUGGUAUGGUUGGCAUUUUCCAGAGUUGGCCAAAAUUGUUACCGACUCUGUUGCUUUCGCUAGGAUCAUUUUAACCAUGGGUGUCAGAUCCAACGCCGCAGAUACUGAUUUGUCUGAAGUUCUUCCGGAGGAAGUUGAAGAACGUGUGAAGGCAGCAGCUGAAGUUUCUAUGGGUACCGAAAUCACUCCUAUUGAUUUAGAUAACAUUAAGUGCCUUGCUGAACAAAUUGUAGAGUUUGCAGCCUACAGAGAACAAUUGUCCAGCUACCUAUCUUCAAGAAUGAAGGCCAUUGCUCCAAAUUUAACCAAUUUAGUUGGUGAGUUAGUCGGCGCUAGAUUGAUCGCCCAUGCUGGUUCCCUAAUUUCUUUGGCUAAGGCACCAGCUUCUACCAUUCAAAUUUUAGGCGCUGAAAAGGCUCUAUUUAGGGCCUUAAAAACGAAGCACGAUACUCCUAAAUAUGGUUUGCUAUACCAUGCUUCUCUGGUUGGACAAGCUACCGGUAAAAACAAGGGUAAAAUCGCUAGAGUGUUGGCUGCUAAAGCUGCCGUUUCCCUACGUUAUGAUGCGUUGGCUGAAGAUAGAGACGAUUCUGGUGAAUUUGGUCUUGAAUCCAGGGCAAAGGUUGAAAACAGAUUAUCUCAACUAGAAGGCAGAGAUUUGAGGUCCACACCUAAGGUUGUUCGUGAAGCCAAGAAGAUUGAAAUUACCGAGGCCAGAGCAUACAACGCUGACGCUGACGCUAUCACUUCUGAGACUGCUCCAGCUUCUGACUCAGAUGAUGAAGAAGAUGAGGAUGCAAAGAAGAAGGAGAAGAAGGAGAAGAAGGAGAAGAAGGAGAAGAAGGAGAAGAAGGAGAAGAAGGAGAAGAAGGAGAAGAAGGAUAAAAAGAGAAAGAGAGAAGAAAGCACUGACGAAAAAGAAUCUAAGAAGUCAAAGAAGGAAAAGAAGGAAAAGAAGGAAAAGAAGGAAAAGAAGGAAAAGAAAUAA